GAGGGGGGGGUGUAUUCGGGAGAAUCCGUUUUAUUCGGUCUUAUCGAAAGCUCAUCUUUCUCUCCUCCACCUCCUCCACCUCCUCUUCCUCCUCCUCCAACAACGCGACGCCGUUACAAAGUAGCCGAUACACUUUCAUUUCCGUGCCGCGCUCCAGGAGGCUUCACCCGGCACCCCAAACACUUCUAACCCCUUCCAUCACGAUCUCCUCCUGAAGUUUCUGCCCGCCGGCUCUCCGGGGGUCUUUCGGGUUUUCUUUCUUUUUUUUCUUUCGUAAUCUUGAUGAAGCGCCGCGUCAACCACUAGCUUCAUCUGUCCGAGUUUUUGGUUGUUGUUGUUGUUGUUGAUCACCCGUUCGGGGUCUGGUUCCCCCUCGGGACUCGGUGAUUCCCUGCCUGGGCGCCCUGGUGGCUCCCUGGUGGCUCCCUGGAGGACGGGGUUACCCUGGAAAUGGAGGAUUUUGUACUCGCUCGGGGGCUGAAAGUUUAAAUUGUGCGCUGUUGCCCUCCUCUGCCCCUUUCUGCCCCCCCACUCUCUCCCCGGAACGCGAGGUGUGGCCAUGUGUGACGAGGCGGUGCGUCAGACACGCAGUCAGAAGCGGGCUUUGGAGCGGGAGGCUCUGCCCGUGGACUUGGAUGUGAAAAAGGUGAAGCUGGAGGGCGGGGACAGGGAUGAUCGGCCCGUGCUGCGUCCCAGAUCCGAGGCCGCGGCACGCAGCUCCAACAUCCUGAGCGCCGGCGAGGUGAAGGCCACCAUUAAAGUGGAGCUGCAGACCAGAGAUGAGCCUGUGGACAUGAGCACCACUAAAGGCGAUAUUAAGAAAGAGAAGGCACCUCCAUCCCCAGACGAUGUCAUCGUUCUGUCUGACAACGAACCAUCCAGUCCACAGAUGAAUGGUGGGAGCCACUUCAAAGAGCUCGACACGGACCUGCUCAUGAGGAGCAGUCCUGAAGAAAGAGUUCGGAUUAUAAAGCAACUAAAGGAGGAACUGAGGCUUGAAGAGGCCAGACUGGUAUUGUUGAAGAAACUCCGACAGAGCCAAAUACACAAGGAAACCAAUGCUCAGAAGCCCUUAAGUUCAGGCUCUGUGGCUACACCUCCUCCUCUGGUGAGAGGUUCACUGACCAGCAAAGGAACUCAGCCUCAGGUUCUGCCCAGCCGGAGUUCAUCAGGUGUGAUCCCUCCUCCUCUGGUGCGUGGAGGCCAGGUGUCCAAACAAGGCUCUCAGGGCUCCCAGAUCAUCAUGCCUCCACUGGUCAGAGGAGCUCAGCCGAUUUCAGUGACGCCACAGCAGAUAGCGAGUCUGCGACAGCAGCAGCAGUACUCCAGCUCAGGCCCUCCGCCCCUGCUGCUGGCCCCUAGAGCCUCUGUGCCCACUGUCCAGGGCCAGAAAAUCAUCCAGCCCAGCCUCAUUCGCGUGGCCAAUGUGUCUAAUGCCAACCUGCUCGUCAACGUCAGCUCGUUGUCCACCAACCUGAAGACAUCCUCUGGGGGUAGCGUGGCGAGUGCUAACGAGUCUCCUGCCAGCCGGCAGGCAGCGGCUAAGCUGGCACUGCGCAAGCAGCUGGAGAAAACUCUGCUGGAGAUUCCUCCUCCCAAACCCCCUGCCCCAGAAUUCAACUUUCUGCCCUCAGCAGCCAAUAAUGAGUUUAUCUACCUGGUGGGCCUGGAGGCGGUUGUGCAGUGUCUAAUGGAUGCCCUGGGAAGAGGUAAACCGGGAGGUUCUCAGGCUUCUGUACCGACAGAGCCGUUCACGUGCACUCAGUGCAAGACCGACUUCACCUGCCGGUGGCGUAAGGAGAAGAACGGUGCCCUAAUGUGCGAGCAGUGCAUGUCCACCAACCAGAAGAAGUCCCUGAAGGCCGAGCACACCAAUCGACUGAAGGCAGCCUUCGUCAAGGCCUUGCAGCAGGAGCAGGAAAUCGAGCAGAGGAUCCUCCAGCAGGCCUCAUCUCCUGUCUCGCAUUCAUCUUCCUCCUCAUCGUCCAUGUCCUCGGGCCACGUGGCGAAGUCAGAGCAGCAGGUGAUCGUCACUCAUCAGAUUAAGCAGCGCUCAUCUUCCUCGCUCCAGCACAGUCGAUCCAGCCAGCUGGUCGGCCGCCACCAUUCCACUUUAGCACAGAGUUCUCAGCUGUCCCGCAGUGUUCAGCAGUCAGCAGGGGCCCUGCGUGCUGUGUCUCACUCCUUCUCUCCAGCCUCUCAGCUCCAGAAUGCUGUGGCGGCUGCAGCGCUGGUUAGCAGGCCAGGUAAGCAUGCUGUGCUUCAGAGGUCAAAGGUCAGCAGCAGCAGUGCCGGCAGCAGGACCUCUAAGACAGUGACCUCCUCCACCUGGAGGAAAAGGAACAGCGCACCACCAGGUGUGACGAUGGCUUAUGUAAACCCCAGCCUGCCUGUACACAAGUCUUCAUCGUCAGCGGUGGAGCGUCAGAGAGAGUAUCUGCUAGAUAUGAUUCCCUCCAGGUCCAUCUCCCAGACAGCAAACACGUGGAAAUAACCCAGCCGAGCGUUCCUAAUCAUCACAACCCUCAGCCCUCUUCGAGAACCUCACCUGGAAUCCUGGAACAGCUCUAGGAGCGGCUCUAGAACCUCUGAGAUCAGUGGGGGAUUGUGGAAGAUCUUUAAAGACCCCCGGGAGUCUUGCCUUUCGAUCUCGGAAUGAAUUCUGAAGAAAAACUUUUCGCCUUCUAUUACAGCAGACUUUCCUCAAUCACUCGCUCGUGACGAUUUAUUUUUCCUCCCCUCUUUUUUUUUUUAAGUCUUAAAAAAAAAACAACAUUUUGCUCAUUGUGUGAGAACAGUGACGCAUCUUAAAGCAAUAGGCUCCGGAGACGCCGUCAACCGGACCAGUUACUGAAGAGAAAAACGAAACCAAGCAGAAAAGAAAAGGGUAAAGGGCUUCCACUCGUUUGCUUCGCUGUCAGUAGAGACUCGCGUCUGUGAGCCGGAACAUGAAGCCGUUCUGUGCUGGGAGACUCUGUGCCCCGCCUUGUGGAUUUGAGACGAACCAAGAGACUGUUUUUUUUUCAAUAUGAAUCAUAGAAAUUGCAGUUUUUUGAGGAAACAAAAAAACAAAAACAAAAAAAAAGAGUAAAUAGGUUUUUCUUGAAAAAAAAAAAAGGGGGGGUGAAGAAAAAAAAAAAGAUGAAUAAUUAAAAGUCACAAACUAAAAGCCAGCAGUGCUCCACGAACAGCCCUUUACGGCGUACGGCAGUUUUGUUGAUUGUAAGUUAUACACCUGAUCGAGUCCGAGCUCGAACGUCUUCUGUCUCUUUCAACACGUGUUUCAAAAAAAAAACAAAAAAUGUUCAGUCAUAUUUUUUUCCUCCUUGUGCAUUUAGUUUGUUUUUUAGGUUUGAGUUUUGAGGCUUUUUUCAGUCUCGGCGAUACACAACGACCCAAACAAUGAAUGCGUAAUGAUUUCCCCUCUGCUGCAAACACAUUCUUUUUUUCAUAAAUUAGUCUGAGGGUUUAUUUUUCAUCUUUCUCCUAUUUUAUUCAUGACUGUUUAAAACAAUCCAAUUAUACCUCAGCAGGUCCUUCACAAAAUUGUGUGCAUGAUGGAUUGUGUUUGUAUGCUGAUGUUUGAUUCCAUUCCAGUUGAUUUUUGCGUCCUGUUCUUUAUGGUUUGUGUGUCACUGUUUUUUUUUUUUCCCCCAGCAGAUUAAAGAGCAGCACUUCAUAA